ACAGGGUCGGGCGAAGAGGCAGGCGCGGGGCUAGCAGUUGCAGCCGCUGUACCGACUGUUGGGGCCGUGUGAGUCGAUAAACGUUGCCGUCUGCUGCUUGCUUGACUCCUGUCUCUUGGCUGAAUUCUUUCUUUCAAGAUGACAAGAAGCGAGGAAAAUCAUCAUUUCCGGUGACACCCCCACCGGCAAGGGGUUGAGCUUCUCCACUGCAGCAUGAAGUGUGGUGCUUGUAUCUACCCCACCUGCACCCCCUGGCUGUGAAGUGGGGGACCAGUGGAUUGCAAGGGGCUGAAUCUUGUGUGUUCUUUCUCUUCUUUCAUGCUUCUCUUGCCAGUGACGUCUGAUGUCCCAGCUAAUGGCAUUGUCCACUGCGGUGCUGAAAAGAUACUCCCGAGGUCCCAGCAGCGACACGGCUAACGUAGGCUUGGUUUGCACUCUGCUGCGUAGACUCUGAACAGGAGUGAUGCCUCCAGGCAGGUGGUAUGCUGUCCAUCCAGCUCAGGCCCAGGCUUCAAGGGAGCGAGGGCGUCUUCAGAUGGUAAAGCAGGAAGAAGAGGGAGAAGACUACACUUCAGUGCAGACUGCCAGGCCACAGACACUCAACCGUCCUGGCCAGGAGCUGUUCCGCCAGCUCUUCAGACAGCUUCGCUACUAUGAGUCUUCUGGGCCCCUAGAGACUCUGAGCCGACUCCGGGAGCUCUGCCGCUGGUGGCUGAGGCCUGACGCUCUCUCCAAGGCCCAGAUGCUGGAGCUGCUGGUGCUGGAGCAGUUCCUGAGCAUCCUGCCUGCGGAGCUUCGGACCUGGGUGCAGCUGCAUCACCCUGAGAGUGGUGGGGAGGCUGCGACCCUGCUAGAAGAGCUGCAGAGAGACGUCAGUGGGACACCAUGGAGGGACCCAGCCCCUGCCCAGAGCCCAGAUGUGCAUUGGAUGGGUACAGAAGCCCUGCGAGCCGCGCAGAUAUGGUCCUCAGCUUCACCUCUCGGGAGCGGCUCUGCUCUGGGGGACAACCUGGAGCCUCCCUAUGAAAUAGGAGUGCCUGACUUCCUGGCGGGGCAAUCCGAUCCUCCUGCUCCCCAGGUGCCUGACCUUUCCCCAAGAGAGGGGUGCCCAGGAGACCAGGUGACAGCCCAGCCUCAGGAGGCUGUGACUUUCAAGGACGUGGAGGUGAGCUUCUCCCAGGAUGAGUGGGGAUGGCUGAACCCUGCUCAGAGGAACCUGUACAGGGAAGUGAUGCUGGAGAACUACGGGAACUUGGCUUCUCUGGUGGGGCCAUUCACCAAACCUGCUCUGAUCUCCUGGUUGGAGACACGGGAGCCGUGGGGCCUGAAUGUCCAGGGAGCUCAGCCUAAGGAGAAUGCAGGUGCUGCCCCUGCAGGAGGUGAGCUCCAGAAGGAAACAAACAAGUUCAUCUUAAAACGUGAAUCUUUGGAGGAAGUGGAAACCUUAUCUGUGCCGUCAGAAAGUCAGGUGAUGAGUGUUUCUGAGGAGACAGAGCUCAGAGAACCUUUGGAACAGAAGAGCAGGUUAAAGGAGCAAUGCGGAAACCCCACGCAAGUGAGUGUUAAGAAAGAAGAGACCAGUUGCAUUCACGGCACCGGAAAAGAACCUGAAGAAUCAGAAGGCGGUAAUAAUCUUAAUGUAAAACAUGUUCCGCGUUUGAGAGUUCCCAGAAGAAAGCGAUCCCUGAAGCAUGGUUAUGGCCGACACUUCAGAGGCAAUUCAUACCACUACGACGGCAAGGAAUACACAAAGGGGCUCCGCCGCAUGAUGGGCGGGCUUAGCCUGCAGCAGAAACUUCAUGCCAGCCUGAAAGGGGCUACGAAGGAUGCACACGGGAAGGACUUCAGCCUUAGUGCUCAUCACCAACAUGGGUGGAACCUUCAUCCGGUGGGGACAUCGUACAAGUGCAGUGACUGUGGGAGGACCUUCAGUCAUAGCUCCCAUCUUGCGUAUCAUCAGAGACUCCACACCCAAGAGAAACCAUUUAAAUGUAGGGUGUGUGGGAAAGCCUUCCGGUGGAGCUCAAACCGGGCGCGGCAUGAGAAAAUCCACACUGGACUGAAGCCGUAUAAAUGCGGUUUGUGUGACAAAGCUUUCCAGCGCAUGUUUGCCUACCACUUACACCAGGAAACCCACACUCAUCAGAAAUUUCUUGAAUCCAAUCAGUGUGAGGAAGCCCUCGCCCAUGGCUCAGGGUUUGAUCAUCAUUUGCCAGCUCAAAGUGGGGAGGAGCUCUUUGACUGCAGCCAGUGUAGGAAAUCCUUCCACUGUAAGUCAUAUGUCCUUCAACAUCAGAGGAUCCACACCCAGGAGAAACCCUAUAAAUGUACCAAGUGUAGGAAAACCUUUAGGUGGAGGUCAAACUUUUCUCGUCAUAUGCGAAUGCACGAGGAAGAAAAGUUCUACAGUCAAGACACACGUAGAGAAGACUUCAAGGAGACCUCCAACUGCACUCAGCCCCAGGGCCUGCCCCCCAUUGAGGAGAAAGCUUUCGUGUGUCAGCAGUGUGGGAAAACUUUUAUGAGAAAGAAAUCUCUCAUUAAUCACCAGAGAAUCCACACAGGCGAGAAACCAUACCGAUGUAGCGAAUGUGCAAAAGAGUUUGCCCACAGGUCAGCCUUUAUUGUGCAUAAGAAGCAGCACGCCAUGAAAAGAAAGCCUGAGGGUGGGCCCUCUUUUAGCCAGGACAGAGUAUUCCCAGCCCCUCAGAGCAGUCACACCACAGAGGAACCCUUCAAAUGUAGCCAGUGUGGCAAAGCCUUUCGUAACCACUCAUUUCUCCUCAUACACCAGAGAGUUCACACCAGAGAGAAGCCUUACAAGUGCAGGGAGUGUGGGAAAACUUUCAGAUGGAGUUCUAACCUCUCCCGACAUCAGAGGGGUCACUCUUUGGAAAAACGGUACGAGUACCACGAGAGUAGAAACCCUCCAGACCUGCAGCCACAGAUCCUCACUGGAGAGAAACGUUUUUGGUGCCAAGAAUGUGGGAAAACCUUCACACGUAAAAGAAGUCUUUUGGAUCAUAAGGGAAUACACAGUGGAGAGAAGCGCUAUAAAUGUAACCUGUGCGAGAAAUCUUACGAUAGAAAUUACCGCCUUGUGAAUCAUCAGAGAAUCCACACUAAAGAGAGACCUUUUAAAUGUCAGUGGUGUGGGAAAGAUUUCAUUGGAAGACAUACCCUCUGCAUCCAUCAGAGAAAACACACAAGGACGACACAGCCUGCAAGCAGCCUGGCCGAGCCACCUUCCUCCCAGGACACAGGGGUGAGUUUACAGGAAUUAAAACCAAGUGGGGAGAAGCCCCUUGAAUCUCGUGAGGACGCUUAUGAGCAGAGCUCCAGGCUCACCGGACCUCAGGCCAUACCCAUGGAGAAAAAGUGCCACAGAUGUAGUACGUGUGGGAAAGAUUUCAGUAAGACCUCCCAACUUGCUAGCCACAAGAGAUUUCAUACUCGAGAGAGGCCCUUCAAAUGCAAGCAGUGUGGGAAGACCUUCCGGUGGACCUCAAAUCUGGCUCGGCAUAUGAAAAGUCACGCUAGUGAUUAGCUUGGCGCCCGACGAUGGGAGGAGAGGGGUUCCUGGCUACCCUGCUAGAGAACCCUUCAGUGUGGGCAGUGCAGGGAAAACCUUCACAAGGAGCCCCAACCCUUUCUGUUCUGGAAGCUGGUCACAGAAUCCUGAAGAUUCAAAACCUCAGGGCGUCCCCUAUCCUACCCACUGGAAAAUGAGAUCUUUGGGGACCUUCUCGAGACUCAGGCCCCCAGGAGUGAUCUUUGUACAAUGGCCUGGAGCCCCCCAGGGUCUUCCAUAACUCUGGAGAGAGAGAUCAUUGUGUUUUUGGUUUGACAAAAUGUCUGUGGCACGGUGGGCUGUGGCUGCUGGGAAGGGGCCACUUGGCUCCUGUUUCCCUCUGUGUCUGACCUGCUAUGGUUCCUAUUCUGUUUGACCUCAUAAGCAGCAGCAGCAGCAGCAGCAGCAGGAACUGCUCCUGGCCUCCCCAGAUGCUUCCUGAGGAGUUCUGGCCGCAGCUGCAGCUGUCACAGCUGCCUCAGGAUGUCUGCUGUGGGCAUAGAGUUGUUGCCAUGACCAGUGGAGGAGUGCAAGGUACUGGGCUCGAUCACAUGGAGGAUGGAGUGCUCCUAGUGCCCCACCCACAGGUGAUGCACAGGUGGGCAGCAGCGGUCCAUUGGUUAAACAGACGUGCUGAGCUCCUCCCACGUGCCAGGCACUAUUGUUUUUGCAAGAGACCCCGCAGUGACCGGAACAGACAGAUAAAGCUGCCCUCUUGGAUCUUUACAGACAAUGAACAUGUGAGAGACAUGCAAUAUUUUGGAAGGUGAUGUGUGUUGUGG